GGGAAAGUCAUUAAUAAUGGCAUGUUCAUUUUGAUUCUUUUAUCAUAUUCUCUCUUCUUCUUCAUCCGUGCUGACACUCUUCUUUCCACCACCAUAAACCAGAGCCACUGCUAUUUCUCAGUUGAUCUUGUUGUGUCAGAUGGUACUUAGUUGUGGUAAUUGGAAGCAGUCAGUUGUCAAGCCUGAGUUCACCAGGAAAGAGGCUUAAUUAGUGUUAUGUAGUCGAUAUACAAUCACAGAUUUCUGAGCUGCCGUGCUUAUAUGUAGAUAGAGUGAAGCUAGCCUUUCGGAAACCAUGGAUCGGCUUCUUAGUAACGCACGUCUCAUGAUUGUCUCGGAUCUUGAUCAUACGAUGGUUGAUCAUCAUGACCCUGAUAAUGUAUCUUUGCUUCGAUUCAAUGCCUUAUGGGAGUCCAAAUACCGUAAUAAUUCUUUAUUAGUUUUCUCGACUGGGAGGUCACCUACUCUCUACAAGGAGUUAAGGAAAGAGAAGCCAUUGCUAACCCCCGACAUCACUAUAAUGUCUGUUGGAACCGAAAUUACAUAUGGUAACUCAAUGGAACCGGACUACGGUUGGGUCGAUUUUUUAAAUCAGAAAUGGGACAGGAAUGUUUCGGAAACUGAACAACGGCCACAUAAGGUAAGCUUUUACGUGAAUAAAGAGAAGGCCCACGACAUAAUGAAAGCUCUCUCUGUGCGCCUAGAAGAACGUGGGUUGGAUGUGAAAAUAAUAUACAGUGGAGGGAUGGACCUGGACAUCUUGCCACAAGGUGCCGGCAAAGGGCAAGCACUUGCCUAUUUGCAUAAAAAAUUCAAGAACGCUGGUAAAUUACCGAUUAACACCCUCGUUUGUGGCGACUCGGGAAAUGACGCUGAACUGUUCAGUAUUCCAGAUGUAUAUGGUGUUAUGGUCAGCAAUGCACAGGAAGAAUUAUUACAGUGGCAUGCUGCAAAUGCGGAAAAUAAUCCUAAAGUAAUUCAUGCAACCGAGAGAUGUGCAGCUGGUAUUAUACAGGCCAUCGGUCAAUUUAACCUGGGCCCAAGCACGUCCCCUAGAGAUGUCAUGGACUUAUCUGAUUCCAAGAUGGAGAAUUUUGACCCGGCUUACGAAGUGGUGAAGCUUUAUUUGUUUUUCGAGAGGUGGAGACGUGCUGAGGCUGAGAAUUCUGAGGUUUAUCUUGCCAGCCUGAAAUCUGUCUGCUCUGAAUCUGGCACUUUUGUUCACCCAUCUGGAAUAGAGAAACCACUUCACGAAGCUGUAAACUCGCUGAAAACAUGCUAUGGAGAUAAACAAGGGAAGCAGUUUCGGGUUUGGGUGGAUCAGGUUUUGCCUGCCAAGAUUGGUUCGGAUUCGUGGCUCGUGAGAUUCAAGAAAUGGGAACAAUCUGGGUGUGAGUGUUGCAGAAGGUUUGACUUGGGUCCAUGUGCACCAGACAUGGUUGGAUGGGGCUGGGCCAAACAGCCACACAACAACAUGGCUAUUUUAGAAUAAUUUGCUAUUCAAGGUCUGGCAUUUAUUUUUUAUUGUUUUCAGUCCUAAUAGAAUAAAGUUUCUGCCAGAUUGUAUGAAGUGAGCUACAUACAUGAUGUACCCAUUUUCAGCUAUUUGCUUCUGUAAUAAUUUCGAAAAUUAGUUUUAUUUUUUCCCUGAAAUUAGGUCAGACCUCAAAAUCUACGUAUUUUGCAGUUUCAGCCAAAUAUUUCUGAAUAAAGGGCUGGAUAAUUUAAUAUUAUUUAUUAGAAAAAACUACCGAAUUAAGAAAUUCAACCAGAUACAUAUUUAAACUAGCCCCUGAUAUUUUGGCCUACAAUGAGAAGAACAUGACACUGACUGCUCAAAAAUUG